AUGGCCGCGGACGCCGCCGCCGCAGGGCCCCGCCGGUGGCGCUGCGAGGAGGAGGAGCAGCAGCCGCACCGCCUCUCGGCGGCCGCCGCGGCCGACGACCGCUUCGACGGCCUCCCCGACCCUCUGCUCCUCCUCAUCUUCAACCGCAUCGGCGACGUCAAGGCGCUCGGCCGCUGCGCGCUCGUCUCCCGCCGCUUCCGCGCCCUCGUGCCCCUCGUCGACUCCGUGCUCGUCCGCGUCGACUGCGUCAUCCCCGACGACCCCGCCUCCUCCGGCUCCCCGUCCUCCUCCGCGCCGUCGUUCCCCACCGCCACCGCCUCCGCCCGCGCGCGCGGCGUCUUCUCGCAGAUCGCGCGCAUGCUCAUCGGCGGCAUCGUCAAGCCCAUCCAGGCGCUCGGCCAGAUCCUCUCCCACGCCGGCUCCGCCUCCGCCUCCCUCUCCUCCUUCCGCCGCUCCGCCUCCUCCUCGCUCUCGUCCUCCUCGGCGUCGGCGCCCCCCGGCGACGUCUCGCACCACUCGCCCUCCGAGGUGCUCCGCUCCUUCAAGGAGCUCCGCAGCCUCCGCAUCGAGCUCCCCGCCGGCGAGCUCGGCAUGGACGACGGCGUGCUGCUCAAGUGGAAGGCCGACUUCGGCUCCACGCUCGGCAGCUGCGUCAUCCUCGGCGCCGCCUCCGCCUCUGCCACCAAGGACGGCACUACGGCCGCACCUCCUCCUGCUGCUGCUGAUUGUGCCGAGUCUGACGAUUCAGGGAGCAUACCGGAGUCCUUCUACACCAACGGGGGGCUUAAGCUGCGGGUGCUGUGGACCAUCAGCUCGUUGAUUGCGGCGUCGGCCCGGCAUUACCUGCUGCAGCCCAUCAUUGCCGACCACGCGUUGCUGGAGAGCCUGGAUCUGACGGACGCCGAUGGGCAGGGCGUGCUCACCAUGGACAAGUGGCAGCUGCAGGAGCUACGGGUCAGGCCAGUAUCAGCAUCUGGUGACUCGCACCGCACGCUCAUGCCGGCCCUUAGCAUGCGGUUGUGGUAUGCGCCGCACAUUGAGCUGCCUGGGGGCACGGUCUUGAAUGGAGCAACACUGGUGGCCAUCAAGCCGAGCGAAGAGGCAAUGAUGGACGCAGUUGGGAAUGCAACUGCUGGGUCGGCAGGUGGAUCCUGGGUUUCAGAUGCCUUCGAGGAGCCAUAUCGGACGGCCGUCGGUGUGCUUCUCAAGCGGAGGAUGUAUAGCCUUGAGAUGAACUCAUUCUAA